CCAUCAAAGCCGCCUCCUUGGCUACCAACGAAAUUAUGGGACAAUAUUCUGGAUCUCGUUGGAACGUUUGCACUAAAGAAGUUUCGACUGGUAUGCCUGCAAUGGUCCGUACUUGGUGCUGAGCGUCUCUACUCGACGGUUUACCUCACCCCCUACGAGAGAAGCUGGUCAGGACUCAUUUCAAUAUCUACCUCGCGCCAUGCAUCGUCAGUUAAGAAGAUAGUGUGGAACGCUCUUGAGCUUCCUGAGGAAUGUCUGGACGGAGAAAUAUGGGCCAUUCGAUACCAAAACAUGCUCCGGGGAUUGAAACACCGGCAGAUUCUCCAUUUCCACCAGGUCUACGUAAAAGCCUACAGAGACCGCAAAGGCUUCUUGCGGUCCUCUAAAAUCGAAUCGAUCCAAGGUGCUAUAAACAACCUGCUAAAUUGUCACGAUAUCAUUCUGUCUGACGACUAUGAUCUACAGACCGGCUGCAAAGAUUCCGAUUUUAGAGUGGGAAUUCUUAGUCACCCCGACCUUCUGAACAAGCUAACUACAUGGGGGCUGCGCCCUCAGAUGUGGGAGUGGACAAACGAACCCCGUGAUUCUCUGCUUGCUGUUGGAGAUAUAUUUCAGGCUCUGCAAGGUUGUUUUUUUAUUACCAGUUUGACGAUCGACUUUUGGGCUGCACAUUGGAAUGAAAUACACGGGGCUAUCAAAUACGAGUAUAUUGGUAACCCAUCUUCACGACGGUUUCUUCGCACAGAGCUCAAGUAUCCUCAUAUUCACCAAUUGGAAUUCAAGGUACGCUUCUGUGAGUUCCUAUGGAACUGGGUUAAAGAGCCCAGCAUUCAAUCAACUCUUAAGCAUGUGAUCGGCUGCACGGACUCGUUUCCGGAACUUCAAGAGCUUUCUUUCGCACCGUCAUUCUCAGAGCCUGAACAGGGAUAUGUGGAAUACUUUCAACUAAGAUCUGAGAGCAUCGAUGAUGAUGGUGGUGGUGAUGAUGAUAUUGCUCUCAAUACCCGUUUUAACCCUACAACUACUGCAACCGAACGCGUAACAAGAGAUGCUUUGGCGCAAGGCUUGACAGAUACCGUAUUAAACUGCAUGUACGCUGAGCUCCUCCCUACCACUUUUCCGCUGCCCAAAUUGAGAACGGUUCGCUUUUCAAAUGCGACACUGGAUAUGAGAUUACUUCUUUAUUGGCUAGCUAGCCAUAAGCAACUUCCUAGUUCGAGUAUUUCUAUUCACCUACUGGAGACUACUAUCUUUCACGGUCUUAACCCGGGACUAUUCCUGGAAGCACUUGCGCAGCUCAACGUGUGA